AUGAAUUUAUUUAAUUUCUUGUCUAAUUUUUCAAUAUUACUUCUAUUUUUGUUUAAUUUUUCCUUGGGACGCAAUACUCAAAAUUCAAAACUUUCCUCCACUGAAAACACAAAUUUCCAUCAAGAUUUAUUUAAUUUAAACUAUGAAAAUGUUGGUAUUAAUUCAAAGCACCAAAUAAAUUCAACAAAUCCCUCAAUUAAUAUUGCAAUUAUUGGUUCAGGUGCUGCUGGUUCAUCAACUGCUUAUUAUUUAAACAAAUUCUUAUCAGCAUUAAACUCAAAUGCUACAAAUUCCACAAAUUCCACAACCCAUUUAGAUCACUUGUCAUAUAAUAUUAAAAUUUUUGAAAAAAAUGAUUAUGUUGGAGGCAGAGCCUUCAAAAUAAACUACACUUAUAUCGACAAGGACUUGGACAUUAUUAAUAAUAUCCCCGUCGAUAUUGGUGGGGCUAUCUUCACUAAUGAUAAUUUGAUUUUGUCAAAUGCAAUUAAAAUCUUCAAUUUAUCAACAGCUGCUUCAAUCGAUGAGGAUAAUUCAAAAAUUGAUCACUCGUUUGGAAUUUUCAAUUCAUCAGAUCCUGAAAAGUUUGUCUACUUGGAAUAUUCUUCAACUAACCAAUUUUAUAACAGUAUAAAGUUUUUAAGAAAAUUUGGUUUAUUUUCCUAUAUUCAAUUAAAAUAUUUACUCAGUGAUGUCAUUUCAAAAUUCAUAGAAUAUUUCUAUAAAUCAGGAUUUCCCUUUGAUAGUUUGAAUCAUAUUAUUGAUAAGAAUUCAACAAAUUUUAUUGAAUUAACUAAUUUAACAACUUUGGAUUAUUUGAAAAAUUAUAAAAAAAUCGAUAAUUCAAAUUUUUUACUCCAAUUCUGUCAAUCAGUAAUUAGAAGCAAUUAUGCUCAAAAUAUCAAUCAAAUUCAUUCAUUUGUUGGAUUGGUCAGCUUAUCUCCCUUAACUGCCAACAAAAUCUAUCAUGUAACCAAUGGCAAUAACCUAAUCUUUGAAAAGUUUAUUCAAAAUUCUACUUCUGAUUUAUUUCUAGAUACUAAGGUCUUAAAUAUUGAAAACUUUUAUCAAAACAUUUCUUUGCCAAAUAAUAAGUUGAAAUUGACUUAUUUAAAUAAUUCUAUCAAUAAAAUUCAAAAUGAAGUUUUUGAUAAAGUUAUUAUUGCUUCUCCUUUAGAAUACUUGGAAUUUGAAAAUGAUAAAACAUCUAAUUCCAAUUUUAUUCAAAAUUUUUAUCCAGAUCAUCAAUACGUUGAAUUUAAAGAUUUAUUUGUUACUAUUUUCAGUUCAAAGAAGUCAGCUCCAAAUAAUCCAAGAUUUUUUGGUUUGAUUAACAGAAGGGAUUUUCAAAUACCUACAACUAUUUUAUCAAUUCCAAGUUUUUCAACCGAUGAAGAUUACUAUCAAAAUAAGGAAGAUUUCGAUGAUGAAGCAAUUGGGUUUGAAUUUUAUUCAAUUCAAAUUCUCAAAUAUAUUCCAGCAACUGAAGAAUAUAUUUACAAAGUAUUUUCACCAAACUACAUUUCAAAAUUCCAACUUUUACCUUUGUUUUUCCCAAGAAACAUUAAUAACAUUAAUUUUUAUUACUCAAAACAUUGGAAGGCUUUUCCAAUUCUAACUCCAAUUCAAAAACUCGAUGAUUUCCAAAAUAAAUUUAAUAAAAAUUUAUACUAUUUAAAUUCUAUGGAAAGUCUUGUUAGCACUCUUGAAACUUCUGCUUUAAGUGGUGCAAACAUUGCAGCUUUGAUUGCAAAAGAGUACUUUAAGGAUGCAGAGUUUUCUUUGCCCUGA